UAAACAAAACAAAAUGACAAUUAAACUACCUGCAAUUGAACACACUGAAUUCAAAAUGAAUAUAGACGAAAGGAAAUGUAAUAAUAUCAUUUAUAAAAGCAAUAAUAAUAUUAAUAAUACAAAUGGAAAUAAUAAACAAAUAAAAUCAUUGAAUGAAGUGUGUUUAAAAUUACCGAAAAUAUUUAGAAAACGUUGGUCACCAACAUCGUCAAUGAGUACAAUGAUUAAAAUUUUAAAUCAAUCAAAUCAAAAUCAAACAAAUUAUCAAUUAGAUAAACAAUUACCUGUACAACAUUUAACAUUGAAACAUCAAACAAAUUUAACAAAAUUUAACCAGGAGACAUUUCAUCAUAAUCCAAUUUUAUUACCAAUGAAUUAUAAUAAAAAAAUUCGUAAGAAUAGAAUAAUGAAAAAAGGAACUUUAGAAAGAAAAGAUUGAUUAAAACAG